AUGGCGGGAAAUGCCCAGCUGAAGGACAGCGCUGUAACAACUGUUCCAAGUACAAUAAUUUUGCACGAGUUUUCAAAUCGAGAAACCAAAACCAAAAUGAACAUUCUGCCAAUGCUGUACACAGUACCCACACAGUACAACUCAAGAUUCCCAACCACCAAGCACAAAUUAUGAUCAGGACAGUACAGACAGUGAGGAGUAUAGCUUCAACAUACAUGCAACCAAUACAAAGGAACAGAACAAACAGUCCUACUACGCAAAGGUAAAACCAGGCAAGUCAACUAUUAAAUUCCAAAUUGACAGUGGAUCAACAGCCAAUAUAAUCGAUGAAGUUACUUUUGCCAAUAUUCAAAAAGAGAACCCCUCAAUCCAACUGACAAAGUCAAAAAAACGCCUUUUUGCCUUUGGUGCUGUAACACCACUUCAACUGCUUGCCAAUGGACAGUUUCAUUGUGUAUUAGAAUCGAAGAAACGACUUGCCUAUGCCACCAUCAUAGUUGUCAAGAAUGCUACUGGUUGUCUACUGAGUGGAAAGACAUCUAUUGACUUAAACUUUCUGACAAUUCGAGUAAACAAGGUAACUACCAAACCUGCAACCUUCAGUCAGUUAUCAAAACACAAAAAACUCCCUGACCGUUUAAGACCUGUAAUUUCUGAAUUUGAUGAAGUAUUUCAUGGGGUUGGAAAAUUGAAAGAUGUUCAAGUUCAUUUACAUAUUUGACAAAAAUGUAAAACCGGUGGUACAGCCCACAAGAAGAAUUCCAUUUGCUCUCCGUCAGAAAGUUGCAUAUGAACUGGAGAGGCUACAACAGUAUGACAUUAUUGAACCAGCUCAAGGACCAACAUUGUGGGUAAGUCCAAUAGUUGCUUUCCCAAAACCCAAUAACCCAGAGAAACUAAGACUUUGUGUCGACAUACGCCAAGCGAAUACAGCCAUUUUACGUGAGCGGCACCCUCAACCAACAAUUGAGGACCUUCUUAAUGAUUUGAAUGAAGCUCGAUAUUUCAGUAAAUUAGAUUUGACAGCUGCAUAUCACCAAUUAGAACUUGAUAAACAAUCUCGGUAUAUUACAACAUUUACCACACAGAAAGGGUUAUUCCAAUUCAAGCGUUUGAACUUUGGAACAAACAGUGCCAGUGAAAUUUUCCAAAACACAAUUCAGAAUGUUUUCAAUGGCAUUUAUGGUUGUCGUAAUAUUAGUGAUGAUCUAAUUAUUUUUGGCAAGACUCCAAGUGAGCACGACGAAGCAUUACGUAAAGUUUUACAAGUUGCCAAAGAGCGAAACUUACGAUUUGGAUUUGAAAAGUGCGAGUUUGAUAAAAAACACUUAGAGUUUUUCGGCUAUACUUCUCUAGUGAAGGUAUUUCUCCUAGUCCGAGCAAAGUCCGUGCAAUAAAGGAUGCACCUGUACCCCAAAAUGCCUCCGAGGUACGAUCAUUCUUAGGAAUGCUUCAGUAUUGCGGCCGAUUCAUUCCCAAAUUAGCAGAAAUUUCAGCAACACUUCGCUUACUUACACAUAAAGAUGUUAAGUGGACUUGGACUUCCAAACAACAACAUGCGUUUGAGACCCUUCAGCAGUUGCUUACUGUAGACACAACUAUGUCAUACUUCGACCCCGGAAAACGUACAGAAUUACACAUUGAUGCAUGACCAUUUGGCCUCGGAGCCAUAUUAACACAAACAACGCCAGGACAUAAUGAUUCUAAGGUGAUUGCAUAUGCCAGUCGGUCACUUACAGAGACUGAGAGUAAAUAUUCUCAAAUUGAGCGCGAAGCCCUUGCUAUUGUGUUUGGUAUUGAACAGUUCCAUCUCUAUCUUUAUGGACACGAGUUCACUUCAAUCACUGACCACAAACCUUUGGAACUCUAGAUCACGCCCGUCUGCUAGAUUAGAACGGUGGUGUCUGCACUUGCAAGACUACACUUUUCAGGUCAAAUAUUGCCCUGGACCGACAAACCCAUCAGAUUAUCUUUCCAGACAUCCUUUACCAAAUUACUACAAUACGAACACCUGCAAAACGCCCAACUUAGCUGAUGACCAUAUACGUUUUAUCGCGCAGAACGCAGUUCCCAUUGCAUUAGGUAUUGAGCAAUUACGCAAAGCUGUCAAGCAAGACUCAACACUUCAAGCCUUGAUUGAAAUUCUCCAAAAUAAUACAUGGAACUCACUCGCAACUAAACAACCCGAUAAUACCGAUAUCGACCUUGACGAGUUAAAAGCAUUUAAAAAGAUCCAACAUGAGUUAUCAUUAACAUCGGAUGUUGACCUAAUUUUACGAGAAAACAGACUAGUUAUCCCUAAACAAUUACGUAAACAAGUGAUACAAUUAGCUCAUGAAGGCCAUCAAGGUCUUGUUAAGACAAAGAAAUUGAUACGUGAAAAAGUUUGGUUUCCUGGUAUUGAUGCAUUAGCUGCAAAAGCAGUGAAAGACUGCCUUGCAUGCCAGUCGGUAGGACAACCUGCGAAACUCGCUCCACUAAAUCCUCUGCCAAUUCCUUUACAGGCAUGGGACACACUCUAUGUUGAUUUUCUUGGACCCUUAUCUAGCAAAGACCUUCUCCUUGUAGUAAUUGACGGACGGACACGGUUUCCUGAGGUUGCAAUCGUUCGCAGCACCAAUGCAAAAUCGACGAUAACCUCUCUUAAUCGCAUCUUCGCGACACAUGGUUUGCCCAGAAGAAUUAUUUCCGACAACGGACCACCAUUCCAAAGUGAAGAAUUUCGUCACUACAUGAUUACAAAUGGCAUCACACAUCACAAAAUAACGCCAUUAUGGCCGCAAGCCAAUGCAGAAGCCGAAAACUUUAUGAAGCCAUUAACAAAAUGUCUCCAGACUGCUGUCAUCGACAACAAAGAUUGGAAAGAAGAGUUACAGUUGUUCUUGUUGAAUUACCGUGCAACACCUCACUGCACAACCAAAGUACCCCCAGCCACGGCACUCUUUGGUCGGAAUAUACGCAGAAAACUAUCCCAACAACCAAGUCGA